UUGAACCAAAUCAAAAGCACACUGAAACACUAAACUGGAAACCGGUUACCACUCGUCGCUUUUGGAGGAGUGACUGCGCCGCUGUUAUUAUCUAUUUCCAACCAUACUCUCCAAUACUACAGGCUACCCAGUGUCUGUUUCCGAAUACAAACUCAACCCGACCCACCGGAAGCCAAAUUAAGUGUUGAAAAAGAGAGUGAAAGAGAUGAUAUUGGUGUCGAUCGUGGCGGAAGUGCUGGAGGAGUACACGGCGUUGCUGGCAAGAGUGGUGGAGCAGGUGUUCCGUUCCGCCCCUAUCCCUCGACGGGUUCGUUUUCUCAUCCUCCGCACCCUUCCCUUCGUUUCUUCUCACCCUAGGACCAUUCCACCCCCUCCCACCCAUUCCUAUUAGGAUUCUUCAUUUUCCUUUCACCGUCACUGUUCCAAUUUUGUAAAUUUCAGAUCUUUUCUAUUAACACUGGAAUCGUAUAUUCUGUUUCGUUUAA